AUGGAGAUGGAGAAGAAGAGAGACAUUAAGCAUCGUUUUCAUGAGCAUCCCUUGGUGUUUGUGGAAGAUCAAAGCAAUGAAGGUCAGAAAUCUUACUGCUCUGCUUGUGGGGAUGUGAUUUCAGAUCCAUGCUUUAGUUGUCCACCCUGCAAUUAUCACCUUCAUCACAAUUGUGCCCUCGCACCCCAGAGAAUUUCCAGUCACCCUCUCCAUCCCCAGCACUAUGGUUUUUUUCUUCGACAUUGGCCACGUCCUGAUAAUCGGGUAUAUGGUUGUGCAUUAUGCAAGGAGAAACGCAACAUCAUCACAGUCCAUAAAGAUUGCAUUUCACUCCCACGCAUUAUCAAAUUUUCACGACAUGAUCAUUGUCUUUCUCACAAAUAUUUUCUUGAAACACAAGAUCUUACAAAGCAAGAUUGUAAGAUAUGCUUCAAUGAAGUGAAGCUUGACCGUGGGAGUUACUCUUGUGUGAAGUCUGGUUGCAAGUACAUUGUUCACGUGAAUUGUGCCUUGGAGGAUGACAGAUUUUACGAGGUGGUUGAGCGAGAAAGCCAAUGCGAGGAGCUCUAUGGAAGUUCAGCUGAGUCUACGCAGUCUUCCAUCACUCGCGUUGUUGAGGUGAGUGAAGAUGGGGAAGCCACAAAGAUUGAACAUUUCAGUCAUGAAGGUCAUUGCUUGGUGUUAGCAGACAAGAUGGAGGAGGAAACUGAUAGAAGAUGUGAUGGGUGCAUGCUACCUGUCUCAACUCUGUUUUAUUAUUGUUCUGAAUCAGAAUGCCAUUUCUAUCUCCACAAAUACUGUGCCGAGCUGCCAAGUGUAAAGCAUCAUUGGUUUCGUCGAUCUACUGCCGAUCUGGACUCCAGAAGCUUCAUGUGGUGUGACUUGUGCAAACGACCUUGUAGCGGUUUCUUCUACGAAAUGGGAGGAUUAGGCGUUUGCUUAAGGUGUGCUGAAGUACCUGACGUGAUUGAAUUUCAAGGACACGAGCACUUGCUGUUUUAUGAUUUCAAAUGCAGGGAGCGAUGCAAUGGUUGUGGCGCUGACCCAGGUGAAGAAGGUGCAUUCAGAUGUGGAAAGUGCAGUUUUACUUUGGAUUUCAAAUGCUUAUCGUUACCACAAUCAGUUGUUCACAAAAUUGAUCAACAUCAGCUAAACCUCACCUAUCACGAUGAUAAUGAUUAUUCAAAGCAUCUUCAUUGUGAUAUAUGUGAAGUAAAAAGAGACCGGAGCCUCUGGUAUUAUUGUUGUUCGAUCUGUGAUACUUCUGCUCAUCCCGAUUGUAUUCUUGGAGAAUUUCCAUUUCUCAAGGAUGGGAUCACAUUGCCUCGUUAUUGGCACACACAUCGUCAUGAUGUUCAGUUUCAUAGGAAGGCUGAGGACUACCCUAACUGCUCGUAUUGCGGUCAGCGUUGCCGAAGAGAAAUUCUCAAGUGUACUGAGUCUGCGUGCAACUAUAUUGUUCACUUCAGAUGUCGGCGGCGUAGACUCUAA